GGGUUUCUGCUGGCCCUGGCUGCGGAAAAUCAGUCGUGUCAAAGAUGCUAAUCAAAGCGCUAUCCGAGAAGAAUUCCUUGCCAGGAAAAGCUCGAACCGUCUGCUAUUUCUUCUUCAAGGAAGACGAUACUCUGCAAAGAAGGGCAGAAAUGCUAUAUGUGCUAUACUGCACCAAAUUCUGAGUAAACCAGGGAAUUCAGAGCUGGUACGGCACGCGAUUCCAUCUUUUAAGAGGAGCGGGGAAAACAUACGCGAAUCGUUUGCUCAAAUGUGGGAGAUUCUGAUGGAUAUCGUGCAAGACGAAGCAGCUGGUGAAAUUAUCUGCAUUCUAGACGCACUCGAUGAGUGCGAAGAGAAACAUGGCAGCGGCCGCUACAUGCUCAUUGAGAAAUUUCAAAAGUUCCAUCAUGACUACAUAGAGACAACGAAUUCUAGAAACACGUGCUUUAAGAUUCUUGUCACUAGCAGGCCUUAUAUCGACAUUGAGAGAAGAUUCAAAAGCUUGACAGGAAGAUAUUCUACAAUUAGAUUAUCGGGAGACGAGGAAUCGGUGAAGAUCAGCAAAGAAAUUGAUCUUGUAAUCGAGGAGAAGGUAAAUGUGCUGAGUGUCCUGUUGGAUCUGGACAACGAAACAACCUCUGGGUUAAAAGAAAAGCUGUUGAGCAUGGAACACCGAACGUAUCUCUGGCUGAGGUUAAUUUUCGAAGUUCUUGAGCAGCAACUCAGGACAACUAAGAGAUAUUUGCUUCAUGUCAUUGAAGAACUUCCGGAGACUGUCGACGAGGCAUAUGAAACUAUUCUAACACGAAUUCCGAAGAAUGAGUUCGAAAGAGCCAGGAGGCUUUUGAACAUCAUUGUUGUGGCAGAAAGACCACUACUUGUACAGGAAAUCAAUGUUGCUCUUGAGAUCGAUGAGAACCUAACUCAAGAUUCCCAGGUUUCAGCACUCAGUCUUGAUCUAGAACCUGAGACAGUCUUUAGAGCGGCUUUGGGCAAUAUUUGUGGACUUUUUGUCACCGUUGCCGACUCCAGAGUAUAUUUGAUUCACCAGACAGCUCGUCAAUUUUUGUUGUCCAAUAGAGAGACACGACCAGAUACAAUUGAGAGUCCUAGCUUCAGAUGGAAGGAUUCUGUAUAUCCAUCCGAAGCUCAGCUUCUAUUGAGCAGUGUCUGUAUCAAUUAUCUUCUGUUCUAUGGUCUUGAGCGAGACAUAUCUGUCAUUCACCAAAAAUUGUCUGGCAUCUAUUUGGAAGCCUCUUGGAAAGGGGGGAUACCGGCAUGCUCUUCUCUCAUUCCAGAACAUUCAUUUAUCCUCUACGCCUCCAAAACCUGGUGGAAGCAUCUACUACACACAAAUUUGGAACAGGGUUCGUCUAUCUAUGAGAAUGCUUGGAUGCUGUGCAACACCAAUUAUGAUUAUUUCAAAAUUUGGAUAAUGGGGAUUCUCGUUUACGAUCGAUCAGGGGAACUAGAUUGCCUUGACUCAAUACAAAUCGCCGCGCGCUUAGGUCUUGACUUUGUAGCCCGGCGUGCUUUGCAAAGCCCAAUCCUUUCUUACCGAUAUUCAGAAGCAUUAGACCAGGCCAUCAGAAUGAAACAUGGAAAUAUUGUCCAGAUUAUUCUAGAGGCUAGGAAAAUAGAUGACCUUGAGCCCUUUCUUUUAAUGGCCAUUAGAGUAGAGAAAGCCACUGAUGUAGACACGUUUGGAACAAUAAGGCUCUUGGUCGAGCGUGGAGCUGGAAGCCAAGAUCUUUACACAUCAGCUCUAAUUACUGCUGCAAACGAAGGCCUAUAUUAUCUUGUUUGUUUCUUUGUCGAUGAUUGUGGGGUGAAUAUCAAAGAUUCUCUUGGUGGCAUAAUGUCAAUUCUAUGCACAAUCAGAACACGUGCUGGAUAUGAUGAGCAAAUUCUAUCUUAUCUGUUUGAGCGAGGCGUGAAUCCCAAUGGCAUGCCAGGGGAUGCGGCAACGCCAUUACAGUCAGCGGCUAUUACUUGCAGCUUGACAAUGACCAAAUUUUUGUUAGAGCAUGGGGCUGAUGUCGAUCUGUUAGGGUUAUUCAGUCGCGGUUCCCCACUCUGCACCGCCCUUGUAUUUUCAUUAGAUGAUUCAGAAGGAGUGGAAAUUGAUGAUUCUGACUGUUUACUGCAAAUAUUGAAUUCAACUCAGGAGAGAGAUUGUCUGAUACAGAUGCUUCUGACAGCUGGUGCGGAAACUGAUGGAUUGACAGAAUUUCUGUCGGGGAAAUUGUUACUGUACAACAGCCGCCAGAAACAGCGCGAAAAACUUGGAAUACCUAUUGAGUUUUGCGUUGAUCCAAAAAAAGUAGCCGAGUCCAGACUUCAAUUAAGUUUGAAAAAAGAUGCAUGUUCUGGCUCUGUCGCCACUGUGUAGUAUACUUAAUUCACGACUAGGUAUACUACAUUUGGUAGUAUAGGAUAGGAGGAUCAUGGAUGACGGCCGAGUGUUAAACAACCGAGGCACGUGCUUGGAAGUUACUCUCAUUUAUUUUUAGAAUAGGAAAUCUGAGGAUGCUGUUGAAUUGGACCUUCUUUUGUUUGAUUUGACGUAGGAUAUCAAGAUGUGAUCACCAAAUGAGCUGUUGGCACAGCUCCCACCCGGAAAUAGGGAUGGCAUUGCUUUAAAUGCGCUAUCAAGGUGCGAGUAUCUUAAGCGAAGCAUACCAAAGGGGGUUUAGGAGAAAUGGAGAGGAAAUUCCUA